CUCUCUACUUGAUUAUCUCAUACAUCUGAAUCAUCUACACAAUUCAAAAAAGGAGAAUCAAAUAUAAUGUUUUCGAAAAAAGCAACUUCUUCUAAGGGUUCUAGCUCCAAGGGUUCCAGCUCCAAGGGUUCCAGCUCCGAGGGAUCUACCACUGACCAUAGUCCCAUUGUGGUCAAUACUGUGUGGGACCAAGAUAACGCGAAGCUACCUCCUUCCCCCUACCAGAUUACUAACCUUAGAGGUUUCAUCGAGAUGUCAUUGAAGAGAAUAAACCCAAGAUUUCAGUUGGGUGAAUUAGUCGCAACUGGCUCCAAAAACCUUUUCUUUCCUCCUGAUAUCGAAUAUCGCCGACUCAGUAGAAGAAACAUGUUGUGUGAAGGUGAUCCAAAAUCACCUAACUGUUAUGAUUUCAUCGUAGAAGAUGACGACAGCAACGAAGUAAAAGUAAUGAGAAAUACUGAUAUCGCGGAUAUGGAAAUAAUCAAGGACAUAAUCUUGAGAGCCCAUGGAAAGGAGAAGCAUAUCUUGAUUCUCGCCGGGGACAAGGAUUAUCUACAUCUCAUUCAGCAAUUUACACUUGGUACUGGUAUAGCAUUUAUGUUAGCAGUAAACGAUGUGGCUGACCCGCGACUUCUUAAUGCACCAUGCACAAUUUUACGAUGGAAUUCUGUGGUUUAUGGACAAAAUCCUUUUGCAUGAGUGAUAGGAUGCAAUGAUCGUAUGCUAUGGUUUAUGGAGGAGCCCCUUUUACCAUGGAAUACUAUGUUUUAUAAUCUUUUUCUUAAAUUUUAAUGUUUAUGACAUCAAUAAUCAGUUUAAUUAAGCAGCUGUUAUUUUUUCUAUGUUUU